CAGUCGCGUUCCAUUUUUGGAUUUUUGAGUUCUGAGGAUUUUGGAUGGAUUGAUUGAUGACACGGAUUUUGAUUCCAUGAUCUAUGAUUCAUUCGAUUAAAUUAGAGAGAUGAUGAUGCCAACUUGACAGAGGUGCCGUACCGUACGUACUUCGUACAAACCCGUUCCCGAGGUACGAUAUAACACGAUACGAUACUCGUACUAGUACUCGUAACUCGUAUCGUAAAUCCAUCAAAAGGAGUUGGAACUUUUACCCACAGCAACACAACACACUUUACAAACACAGAGCCGAAAAGGAUGAAGCGGUGGCACACCGUUCUCAUGUUGGGGUUGGUGUGCGUUUCGUCUCGGGCAGGCGGUUUCUUGCUACGUAGGGGCACAGUCUGGCACGGAGGCUACUCGCGGCGGAUCUGCCUUGCAGGAAAGAGGGGGACGGGGGCAAGAGCAGCUGUUGUCUCCGCCACGAGAAAUCGCCACCAUCCGCGACGGCUGCCCGCUGUACAUGCACACAGCGAUGCAAGCGCGAAUGCGGACGUCCCGACGAUCCGCGACAGCGAGGUGCAGGAGCGGAGGAAGCCUCUGGCGUCUUCCCACCAACCAGCUUUGUCACGCUGGAACGGAAACAUGACCAAGUUUUCCGACUUUUCCACCCACGUGGAGGUGGCGAACGGGGACGCACCGGUGACUGUCGAGACUGCCAUUCUGCGAUCGAUGCUCGCCCUCGGUAGCGCUCCGAACGCAAUCCGUGGCGGUGGAGACGGCGGAACAGCCGCUGCGUCCGAAACAAACCGAGGCGUCUUCGUCAUCGAAGACGACCCCCGAGAGGUUGGCAGACGGGUCGACGAGGCAGGCCAGGCCGCAAGAACCAUAGGCAGCCGGUUGAAAGACCACCCCCAGAACCAGCCGAUUAGCCCCCGCGAAAUGCUCUAUCUGGGUUCCGUUUGGUACCUACCGGCCGAACACUAUCGCAAAAAUCAAGAAUUGGAAUUGGAACAAAACCAGCAGCAACAACAGCAACAGCAACUGGGUCGGGAAACGAACAAGAAAACCAACCAGUACAAACCACACAACAGAGUAAAACCGGUUCGAUUGUCCCUGUCCAAUGCUACCAUGGUGCUACAGGGCGGCGAUUACCUUCGAAUCCACCACACCCCGAGGCGGUUUCACAGGGUGUACGAGGCCGACUGGUCCUUUCCAUCUAGCAACAGCACCGCUCACCAGACGGACGACAGCCCUAUCGAAAGCGACAAAAACGGAUCUCUUCCGAUGGUCAUUCAGCAGCGAGGCCGCGGGUAUUGCAUCAUCGACAAGCCGCCGCUCAUACCCGUGCAUUCCACAGUGGACAACAACGUUGAGACCGUUGCCAGCCAGCUUCUGCUCUCCCUGGAAGAAGAACAGCGACAACAACGGAACGCGAGCGACCACGAUGCGGUGGAUCCACCCUAUUUGGUCCCGGUUCAGCGCAUCGACGUCAAUACCUCGGGUCUGCUGGUCUUGGCGACAUCGCCCGAAUUCGCAGCAUACUUUUCGGAGCUUCUCCGACGCAAAACCGCAACGAUCCUAGACCAGAGCGGGAACAGCACAGGCACGGGCAAAAGUGCCAGGCAAAAAACAAACAACACCACUGGUCGUAGCAACAAGGGCGAUGGGGUACCCACUGUGGGCAUUCAAAAAGGAUACAAGUGCCUGGUCUGUAUCCAGCCCGACAAAAGCAGCGGUGAAUCCGUAGUGGAAGCAUGGCGGCGUCUCUCGAAUCUGCAGCGACCAAAAGACCAAUCCCCGUCAAAAGACGACAACGGUGGCAGCGAGGCCGCCGUCAGAGGAAGCAUAAUUCGUCACUACCUCAAGGCCUCAGAUCGGGCACCCAAGUUGUUUGUCGACACCUUGCCCGAGGAAGCGAACGGCGACGAUGAUUCCAAGUGGUACGAAUGCCUCAUGGAGAUCACGGAUGUCGGAGAACCCAUCCCUCUCUUUUCCUCCGACUCAAUCCAGAGGGGAGGACCGGCCGAUGGCCUCUGGCCGAAAGCAGCGAUCGACGGUGGGUUUCAAAGCCGAAUCCCUCCCAAUACCAAGGCGGUGGCCGAGGUCGAAGUCUCCCUCAUCACCGGGAGGACCCACCAGAUCCGGGGGCAGCUGAGCAAGCUCGGCUAUCCGAUCGUGGGAGACGAACAAUACGGGGGAGCGCUGCAGCUGCCCGAGAUAUCGGGCAUUUCACACGAAACAGGGAGCUUCGAUGGCGGCCGAGUGGAAUCGGAGGGACCACUCCCGCCGCAGCUCCUGGCCCUCCAGUGUUCCUACGUCGGGUUUCCGGAGGCCGAGUACGAGCUGACAUGGCACAAGAAAAAACGGAGGGACGUCCUCAGGGGCCGCCCGAGCAAGAGCGGCCGAACGAUCCAGCAAACGCUGGAACGCGCCUGGUGGACCCCUGUGCUGGAGCAACUCGGGGCUUCCGAAGAAACCGGCGAACCACGGUUCAGCGACAUCGACUUCGAAGACGGGCCGCACGAAAGGACCGCUCCGAUCGAAUCCAGUGUGGAAGCGCAACGAGCGAGGGACGCCGAAACCACCUCCGAAGCGAUGGUUCGCCCGGAUCUGUUGCCCCCGGCGGUUCAGCUCUCCCCCGGCCGCAACAAAUACAUCGUUGCCAGGCUCCGCGACCCAAUCACGGACCGGUUGCGGUGGUUUGUGAGGAGCGCCCCCCUUCCCUACCACGCCGACGUGGCCCUCGACCUGCUCGAGUGGAUAGGCAGCGUUCCGGGGUAUACGGAGACAAGGGUCGAGGUAACGGGGGGGGGUCGCAUCGACUACGACGAGGCAUUGUCGACGGUGAGCGUCUACGGCUUUUCCUACCGAUACGGCAAGGGGGAUCACGUCCGGGUGGCACAGCUGAUCCAAGAUUCCUCGUUCGGUGGCGACAACACGGUGUCUUACGACUUGUCCGACGCGCUGUAUUGAGGGGAAUGAUAUACACGACUGGGACGAUUCGCUCAAAUAAAUAGAAACAUCCAUUGCAACGAUGAAACGCCAAAAUUCCCUCCUUUUGCGUAGUAAAUAAUGUACGCAUGA